AUUAUUCAACCGAUCAAACAACAGAAGAGCCGCCGAUAGUUGCUUCAGUCUCGCGCCGGCGCCAACAUCGAUCGUGUGAUUCAGCGCUAUCCGUGCAGUUAUAAGAACCUUAUUUCAACUAUUUGGACAUGCCCCGUUUUGCCACUGGGCUUCCUUCCUGUGAAUCAUGAGUGUGGCGUAUAGCUGUGUUGGUGGCCUUACAGUCGGGCACGGGUGUAUAGCACUCGCACGCUCGCGGCCUUUGUGAAUACGCAACUACUCGUAAAUGUCAAUUAAAUAAUUAAACAUUUAGAUUUGUUUUUGUAUUAUAAAAAUAUUUUUUGUGUUUUGUGUAUCUUUAACAGAGAAGUGCUUCGAUAAUGGAAUUAGUCGUAUUACUAUUAACGUUUGCAUCAUUUUGGAAAGCCUCGACGAGCUUGCGUUGUUAUCAAUGCGAUCCCGAAGACCCAUACAAGACCAGUAACCUGUGCGAAAAUUUUGACUACAGCGACAAAUUCCUCGUCGAAUGUCAUUCUUCAACUAUGUGCUUCAAGAAACAGACUAACCUACGGGUCGAUAAUGGAAUGAACUCCACGGGAAUUCAACGUGGUUGCGCGUCGCAAACUCUGAACGGCGAGCAGAGGAAAAUCAAUGGAAAAUGGCAAUACGUUUCGACGAUUUACGACGCAUACAACGCGACUUGCUUCGAAGACCCGAGUGACUCAGAGAGGGUGACAAAAACCAUUUAUUGUUACUGCGAGGGAGACAAAUGUAACGGAGCUAUCCAAUUGACCCUCAACUCUUUCUUGGUUCUUAUUUUAAUUUUCAUUUCGCUAAAUUUUACAAGUUAAUGAAUUUUUAAUGCUAAUACAUUAAACUAUUGAAAAUCGAUAUCUUAUAAUGAAAAUGCCAUAAUGAUCGUUUAAAAAUUAUUUUAAAAAUAUAUACGAGAAGCUUAAAGCUUAUUAUUGUAGAAAAAUUAGAAUAUAUUAGAUAGCUAGAUUAGAUGGUUUAGUUGCGUUAAUGUUUUACAGGUAUAAAUACCUGAAUCGUAACAAGGUUUUAUUUAAGCUUAAUUUCACGUAGCUUUAAAUAUCAGUUUUCAGUACUCAUUUUAAAAGCAUAAAUUAAUAUUCAUCCAAAAUACUGGUUUCACCUUUUUAUCAUUAUUUUUUAUUGCAUUACACAUCGUGUUAAUAAGACACGAAUGGUAAUUGUGAAGGCCAUGUUUUAAACUAUCUAUUUUUCAGCGAUUACAAUAAGUGUUGUAUUAAUUUUAAGAUAAUUACUGUUUUGCGAUUUUAUUUUUUCUUUUAUUAAUAAAAUUAUGUAUUCGCUAAAAUAUUAUGGAAGGGGCCUUAACGUCUCAAUCAGUAAACAUGAAUAUGUAUGUGCAUUGUCUACACGAGGCGGACGAAAAUUUUUUUAUAAAAAAACAACUCAUAUGAAAAUUGUCACAAAACGUAAACUACCCUUAAGUUUUUAUACCAAAAAAAAAACAACAAAUUAAAAUAUAAAUGUUUCAUUUUAUACCAACACUAGUCAUACGUUAAUACAUAGUAAAUAGUUAUAUUAAGACUGUUAGCUCUUGUGUUUAAUUACCAUUGAUAAUAGAAGUAAGAGGAUACGGAACAAGGUCAGGUAAGGCAUGGUGUAGCGCUACUGCUGAUUAUGGCAUCCCAAAGCCACAGUGACGUAUAAACAUAGCGAUAACAACAUUCAGAAAUUUUCGUAACGUUAUUUCUUUACUUGGGAGAAGACCGUCUUUAGGGAAUUACUGUACUAAGAAAAAUUUACAGUUUCCUUUUUUAUACGCCAAAAUAAUUCGUGAAAAGAAAAUGUACAAUAACGUUUUAAAGUACAAUCGGUGGUCUUAUCACUUGAAGCGCUUGAGACAAUGGAUAAAGUUUUAAUAAAUUGACAGAACUUUUGAUGCAAUUUCACCAACACAGCUAUAGACGUGGCAGAUCCUUUAACUUUUACUAAUUGAUAAUUAUUGGUUUAAAAACAAUAUUGUGUCACGGUAUUAUGAGUUUAAUUUGAAAUAUUAAGAGCGUUUUAACUGAAUGUAAUUAAUUUUGAUAAUAUGUGCCUUGAAUAAAAUUCUUUUAAUUUGUGUGCGUCGUCUAAAAUAAUGUAGUAAUUUGUUAAUUAUAUGACAUUAUUGCUUUAAAUUAAAAAUAAAUCAUUCCUUGGAGCGGAUGUUUGUUGUUAUGAUUUUACCUUCAAUCAAUUAUGUUUUGUUUAUCUAUAUACAUAUAUAAAAAUGAACUGAAUGAACACAUCGAUUACAUACAACA